UGAGCUACAUGUAUUUCGUCUGAUUUGACUUUCGAAUUUAGUUUUUGAAAGCUGUUUCUAUCUCGAGGGUGAAGUCUUGUUGGCGUUGUAGUUGUUCUGCAGCUAGCUACGUCAUUGAGCUGGGAGCGCGUUUGUUUGUGCGGGAACAACAUUCAAGAAACAAUUAUCAGUAUUUGAGCUCAUUCCAGUAGAAUCUGAAUUCCUUGGCCCUUCGGUACUCUGGAUGCUGUCAACGUUGUGUUUUCUAUCAAGAGAGGCUCCACGAAGGAAACAUGUUCCGUGCAGUAACUACUCUGCCCCUCAGGAAGCAAACGCUGCCACUUCUUGCCCGCGAUGCAAGCAACAGUGCACAACAAGUGUAUGAUGUCGCCAUCGUUGGUGGUGGUAUAGUGGGACUGGCAACGGCGCGGCAAGUGUUGCUCUCACACCCGAACAAGAAAGUUGUCGUUCUGGAGAAGGAACGGGAGCUAGCCAUGCACCAGACAGGACACAACAGCGGCGUUAUCCACACUGGCGUGUACUACACACCCGGCUCACUCAAGGCCAAGCUCUGCGUGGAGGGCGCAGACCUGGCUUACAAGUACUGCGAAGAGGAGGGGAUUCCCCACAAGCGCUGUGGCAAGCUCAUCGUUGCUGUUGAUGAGAGUGAGGUGCCUCGCCUGGAUGCUCUCUUUGAGCGCGGAAAGCAGAACGACGUUAAGGACAUUCGAAUGAUCGAGGGUUCUGAAAUCAAGGACAUCGAACCGCACUGUAAGGGUGUGAAAGCUAUCCACUGCCCAUACACUGGCAUCGUGGACUGGGGUUUGGUGGCCAGGAACUAUGCGAAGAACGUCGAGCAGUGCGGAGGAGUCGUGCUAACGAAUCACGAGGUGAACGAUUUCUCGUAUCAUCAAGGUGCUGCGGACUCUUCCCUGCCGGAGGGUAGUGAUACACACGUCGGUGUUCACUGUGCAGAGCAGGAGAGUGUGCUAGCACGACGCGUUAUCACAUGCGCUGGUGCCUAUUCGGAUCGUAUUGCCGGCAAGUCGGGCUGCGAUCGUAAUCCCAGGAUCGUGCCGUUCCGUGGCGAGUACCUGAUCCUCAAUCAGAAGCGAGCAAACUUGAUCAAGGGCAACAUUUAUCCGGUUCCUGAUCCUCGUUUCCCGUUCCUCGGCGUCCACUUCACGCCGCGAAUGGACGGCUCCGUGUGGCUCGGUCCCAACGCCGUGUUGGCGUUUGCACGCGAGGGCUACAAGCUUACUGACGUCAAUCUCAAAGACGUGUCCGAGUUCAUCGCUUUUAGUGGCCUGCGCAAGCUGGCGCUGCGUCAUCUGCGCUUCGGCAUGGAAGAGAUGUACCGCGGUAUCAACAUUGCUGCCCAGGUCGCCAUCCUGCGUCGGUACAUUCCCGACAUAUCCGUGUCAGAUGUCACAAGAGGCCCGACUGGAGUGCGUGCACAGGCGCUGGAUGAGGCUGGCAAUCUCGUUGACGACUUUGUGUUCGACUCCGGUGCCGGCCAGAUUGGCAAACACAUGCUGCACGUGCGCAACGCUCCAUCACCCGGCGCCACUUCAUCACUAGCCAUCGCCAAGAUGAUUGUGGACAAAGCAGAAACACAAUGGCCAAGCCUGCUACCAACAGCAGCAGCAGCAGCUUCAUCAUCAUCAUCAUGAGUGCGCUUGACGCCAGAACCGUAUUGUCAUCCGUUCUAUUGCGGCUGUAUGCAUCAAUCAGUACUUGUACAGACAGGCACCCAUCUGUGUACCUAGUCCCGUGACAUUGAGACAUCUCGGAUUUGGGAUCCACAGCUACCGUGACUGUAUUUAUGCCUGCGCCACUGGUGCUGGCCAUCUCCAAGGAGAGCUUCAGCGAUCUCUCUCUCUCUUGUGCUCUGGCGUGCGAAUGCACAUGCACGUAUCUGGUCACCGAUGCCUCAUGUUCAAGUGAGAAUCGACACGCUCCCACCCUGAUGAUCUCUCGGCUUUCUGUCACACCGCUAUUUGUGUGUUUGCAGAUCCAGGCACAUCACGAUGACCCCCAGUCGCUCAUGACUUCAAACGUUCUUGCUCAGUCCUGCAGAGGUUUAUUUUUCUACACCGAGUGCCAGCAAUUUUUCGGCACGUGAGACUAUUAGAUCAUUUUCAAUGAACACUGAUGUUUAUACAGUUGCAGUACUAGUCCAAUAGCCACUGUUCACAUUUAGUUUUUUUUUACUUGAGCCAAUGGAAGUUGCUGCUGCAUGUCUUCUAAUUAUA